GUCUUGGCAAAAACAAGAAGGGGCUGAGCUCGUCAUCGAGGGGAGCAGUGUGUCUGAUGCCCUCAACACAGGCUCUCUCGCUUUUCUUAAGUUUUUUUGUUUUUGUUUUUUUAAAUAUAUUUUGGGAAGGACAAACAAAACAAUCCUCUUGAGAAAUGAACUCGGUCUGUCAUCCGUGCAGAAUGUUUCUGUCUUUGCACGUUGUUUUCCUCAGCGCAGCCUUCGUGGACAGCAGUGUCUUAAAUGCUGACCAAAAAGACUGCAUUGAGUCCAGUGGAGUGGACUACAGAGGAGACGAGCAGAGUUCCUCCUCGGGCUUGGCUUGUCUAACGUGGACCAACGCGUCCACGCAAUAUGAUCCACAGACAGGUGUCGGAGAUCACAAUUACUGCCGAAACCCAGACUCCUCUGAGAGGCCUUGGUGCUUCAUCACAGGCCCCGACGGGACGGUCCAAAAGCAGUUCUGUUCUAUCCAGACGUGCCGAGAGCUCGCUUCCAGCGAGGCCCGCGAGACCGAGUCGGCCGAGCCGACCGCGGCCGCUCCCUCCCCAGAAACUGAUCUCCCGCCAGAGACGCGCUCAUCCCCGGGGGCCGCCGCCGCCGCCGUGCAGCCGGUGAUGGGAAUUAGCCAACGGGUGCACACCGGACCCAAAAAGAAAAAGGAUCUGGGCACGCUCGGCUACGCCCUCGGCAUCGUCAUGAUGGCCGUUAUAAUCGUUCUCGGGGCGGGCAUCACGUUCGGCUACUUCUACAAAAGGGGCCGAGAUCUGAAGAAGCAGCACGAGCAGCGAGUGUACGAGCGCGAGAUGCAGAGGAUCACCCUCCCGCUGUCGGCCUUCUCCAACCCGACGUGCGAGCUGGUCGACGAGAACACCGUGGUGGUCACGGCCCAGCGCGAGAACACCCCGGUCCAGGAGGAGGUGGAGGGCGUGGACCCCCUCAUGGGCCAGCAAGCGGGCACACCUGGAGCGUGAGUGGGCAUUCAACCCCCCCACCCUCCCUCCCCUCCCGUCCACCUCAGUCAGGACUUACGAACGUGUUCUUCUAGGAGACCAAAAUGACCCUCAUGCCUGUUUGGGGUCAGGAAGCAGAGUUUGAUCCGAAGACUGAUCCUUUUGCCUACAUGACACAAAUGAGGACUUGUUUGAAAAAGGAGAGGUAGUCAUUAAAUGUUUUUAUUUCGAUAUAUUUGAUAGCCCAAAAAGUAUGCUGGUGGCCUUCCCUCUUUAUCAGGUGUACGGUGACUUUGUCAGUGUUAUUACAGUGUGAGAUGAGGCCAAGUAAUUUUGUUUUGUACAUACAUUGUGGACAAAGUGGAUGAAUAUGUGAAAUAUUACCAUGUGCAGUGACCCGCUGGCUGUGCCGAGGGAGAAUGGUGUAUAUAAAUGUACUGUAUAUAGAUUUAUAUUAAGAGUGGAAUGACAGAUGGGCACGUGUGUAAAAAAUAGCCAUCGUCCUCUAAGGCAGUGUGAGAGUUCCAAAAAAAAAAAAAAAAACUUCUCCCCAUCCACAAAUGCCUUAUAGCAUGGUACUCCACUUGGGAAUGUACUUUGAGAGAGAAAGAUGUACUUUAGUUCCACAGGUUAAGGAGUGACAGGAUAAAUGUUUCUCUCAGGAAGCAUGAGAGGCAGUUAAGUUGGUCCUCUGGAUGACAUAUCGCUGCCCGCAGCACACGCAGCAGGCAUCGGCGGAAAAGGAAGUCAGUCCUGCCUUUGGAAGCGCGCGGCUGCAGGAGCCAGCUGGCAUUGUCCUCACAAACUGUUUGUGACAUCAACACAGUCCGCUAAUGUUCUCCCGCAAACAAGAUUGCAUGUAAGCACAGUGUUUGCAUCCGAAGGAAUAUUCAUCAACAGGCCCAGCCUGCUGCAUCGCUAUUGUUUUCUUUUUGGGAUGCACAUCACUGGAGCCUUCGAUUACUGCUGUUCCAUUGUUUUGUGUGCCGACUGAUUGUCUUCAUAUAACAGACAUUCUCAAUGCAAUUGCAUUGAAAUUAAGUGCUUGUAUUUGUAAGUGUUCGCUUUUCAGUCAGACUGAAAUAAAAACAAAAGUGGAAACUGGAA